AUGAAUCCUAUGACUAAUAUAAAAAAUGUUUUAAAGCUAAGUGAACGGGAGCUAUCUGGAAAUUCUAAGAGCUCAUGGCACGAUCAGUAUAAAGAUAGUGCUUGGAUCUUUAUUGGUGGACUUCCUUAUGACCUGACUGAAGGAGAUGUUAUUUGUGUGUUUUCGCAAUAUGGAGAGAUAGUUAACAUUAACUUAGUAAGAGACAAAGCCACGGGAAAAUCUAGAGGAUUUUCAUUUAUUUGUUAUGAAGAUCAAAGAUCAACCAUCCUUGCAGUGGAUAAUUUAAAUGGAAUCAAGAUAUUAGGACGAACUAUCAGAGUAGAUCAUUGUGAACAGUACAAGGCUCCAAAUGCUGAAAUGUCUAAGUUGGAUGAAGUUACAGCUGCCAUUAGGACCGAGGGAUGUGCACCAGCUCCAGUUCCUCAAAAUGAAAAUAUUGUAAUUAAAAAGGAAAAAGAAAAGAAAAAGCAUCGUAAAGAGAAAAAAAGCAAGAAGAAGAAAAAAAAGAAAAGCAGGAGUUCAGAUUCUAGUAUGUCGGACUGA